AUGACUGUGUAUAUCAAUGGCUGGCGAUACAAGUCUAACCUCAACUCACUUCGUGUAGUGUUCAGCACCCAGCUGAAAGGCGGCCAAUCAGGAGGACGCUCGCCUGAUACCAAGUGUGGAGGCAAGACAACGAACUACAAUGAGCCCAAUGGAGAUGACAUUCUCUUCACCACCAUGACGAAUGAUGGCUUGGUAUACUCUGGCAGAUUCCUCCCAGUAGCCAUGGCGGAUGGCCGUCCAACACAUACAAGAAAUGAGAUCAUCAAAGCAACUGACACCUCCACACUCAUCGGUCUGACAGUGGCUCAAUGCUCUCAGUGCAUAUUUGAUCCAGAUGUGACAGUACUUAUAGAUGCCGAUAGUGUUGCCGAGUGCGGUGAUCAAGGUGGACCAACAUGGGCCACAUGGAAGAUUAUAGUGGUGGCUGUUGUAGCAUGUGCCGUGGUCGUUGCAGUUGUGCUAGCCAUCUUCAUCUUUGCACGUCAAAAGGCAGCGACCAAGCGACAGAAUCGUCACAUCGUCAAUAAGCUACAACAACUUGGAUAG